AUGCAGCAACGAUGCUUCACCCAGACACCUGCCCGCCAUGAUACCCGAUACAUCACCUUCGACCCCGACGUCAGCGACAACCUCGCGCCCAUCCUCACGGAAAUCCAGAACAAGAUCAUCCUCCCCUACUACCUGCCGCCACACCAGCGCGAGCGUGUCUUCAACGAGAAGCACCGCAACUCCCUCCGCAUGAACCCCGUCGACAUUGAGAUUGACGGCCUCACCCACCGCUUCAGCCACCUGCCGUGGAAGGAGAUCCCCUCGACGCGCGCCGUUUUCCACGAGGCCCUGCGCAACAUGGAGACGACCCACGACUGGUCCAACUUUGUGCGCCUCCUCUCCGGCCUGCGCGAGGCCAAGCGUGUCAUCAACACAGCCAUGUUCGUCAAGAUGGUUCGCCAGACCGGCGCCAAGGGCCGCGUCUUCGCCGUCAUCGACGCCGCCCGCCAGACGAAGCGCACCGGCCUGCGCUUCGACCUGCCCCAGAAGGUCCAGGAGGUCCUGCUCUUCGUCCAGCUCAAGGCCCUCGACGCCGCCUGGGAGAAGAAGGAGCUCGAGCAGGCCCUGCGCUGGUCGACCAUGGUCCUCGAGAUGGCCGCCGACCCCGCCCACCGCCUCGAGAAGCGCAGGCCUGACUGGCUGUCGUGGCCCGUCGAGCGCGACCCCCUGUCGUUGACGGCGCCGCUGCACCUCGCCGCCGCCCUCGCCGUCGGCCACAACGCCGGCCGCGACGUCGACGGCCGCGUCACCUACUGGGCUAAGCAGGUCGUCGGCGCCUGGCCCGCCGGCAAGGGCCUGCUCGGGGCCUACCCGGCCGAGGCGUUUGGCGGCAAGGGCAGCGUGAGCGGCGACAGGGGCGACGUCAGGUAUCUCAGCGCCGCGCCGCUCUACAUCGCCCCCGCGGCGAACGCGCUGCACGGUCUCAAGCUGGCGGCGCAGGUCGUCGAGCCGGCGCUGGCCGACAAGCUCUACGCCAUCGCCGCCGCGCUGGAGCCCGAGCUCGCCAACAAGAUUGCCGAGCUGAAGGACGGUCUCAAGGAGGGCUCGCUGCCGCACCGCGUCUACACGAACCAGUUUGAUGCGCAGGGUGGCGUCAAGCUCGAUGUCAAGGCCAGCCCUGUGGAGGAGGCGGCGCCAGCGGAGGACGCCAAGACGGAUGCGUAA